AUGGAAUCUGGGAGAAGGGGGUGGAAUCAGGGAGAAGGGGAUGAAAUCUGGGAGAAGGGGAUGGAAUCUGGGAGAAGGAGAUGGAAUCUGGGAGAAGGGGGUGGAAUCUGGGAGAAGGGGAUGAAAUCUGGGAGAAGGGGAUGGAAUCUGGGAGAAGGGGAUGGAAUCUGGGAGAAGGGGAUGGAAUCUGGGAGAAGGGGAUGGAAUCAGGGAGAAGGGGAUGGAAUCUGGGAGAAGGGGAUGGAAUCUGGGAGAAAGGGGUGGAAUCUCGGAGAAGGGGAUGGAAUUUGGGAGAAGGGGAUAGAAUAUGGGAGAAGGGGAUGGAAUCUGGGAGAAGGGGAUGGAAUCUGGGAGAAGGGGAUGGAAUCUGGGAGAAAGGGAUGGAAUAUGGGAGAAGGGGAUGGAAUAUGGGAGAAGGGGAUGGAAUCUGGGAGAAGGGGAUGGAAUCUGGGAGAAGGGGGUGGAAUCAGGGAGAAGGGAAUAAAAUCUGGGAGAAGGGGAUGGAAUCUGGGAGAAGGGGAUGGAAUAUGGCAGAAGGGGAUGGAAUCUAGGAGAAGGGGAUGGAAUCUGGGAGAAGGGGAUGGAAUUUGGGAGAAGGGGGUGGAAUCUGGGAGAAGGGGGUGGAAUGUGGGAGAAGGGGAUGGAAUCUGGGAGAAGGGGAUAGAAUCUGGGAGAAGGGGAUGGAAUUUGGGAGAAGGGGAUGGAAUCUGGGAGAAGGGGAUGGAAUCUGGGAGAAAGGGAUGGAAUAUGGGAGAAGGGGAUAGAAUUUGGGAGAAGGGGAUGGAAUCUGGGAGAAGGGGAUGGAAUCUGGGAGAAGGGGGUGGAAUCAGGGAGAAGGGGAUGAAAUCUGGGAGAAGGGGAUGGAAUCUGGGAGAAGGAGAUGGAAUCUGGGAGAAGGGGGGAGAAGGGGAUGGAAUCUGGGAGAAGGGGAUGGAAUCUGGGAGAAAGGGGUGGAAUCUCGGAGAAGGGGAUGGAAUUUGGGAGAAGGGGAUAGAAUAUGGGAGAAGGGGAUGGAAUCUAGGAGAAGGGGAUGGAAUCUGGGAGAAGGGGAUGGAAUCUGGGAGAAAGGGAUGGAAUAUGGGAGAAGGGGAUGGAAUAUGGGAGAAGGGGAUGGAAUCUGGGAGAAGGGGAUGGAAUCUGGGAGAAGGGGGUGGAAUCAGGGAGAAGGGAAUAAAAUCUGGGAGAAGGGGAUGGAAUCUGGGAGAAGGGGAUGGAAUAUGGCAGAAGGGGAUGGAAUCUAGGAGAAGGGGAUGGAAUCUGGGAGAAGGGGGUGGAAUCUGGGAGAAAGGGGGUGGAAUCUGGGAGAAGGGGGUGGAAUCUGGGAGAAGGGGGUGGAAUCUGGGAGAAGGGGGUGGAAUCUGGGAGAAGGGGAUGGAAUCUGGGAGAAGGGGGUGGAAUCUGGGAGAAGGGGAUGGAAUUUGGGAGAAGGGGAUAGAAUCUGGGAGAAGGGGAUGGAAUCUGGGAGAAGGGGAUGGAAUCUGGGAGAAGGGGAUGGAAUCUGGGAGAAAGGGAUGGAAUAUGGGAGAAGGGGAUGGAAUAUGGGAGAAGGGGAUGGAAUCUGGGAGAAGGGGAUGGAAUCUGGGAGAAGGGGGUGGAAUCAGGGAGAAGGGAAUAAAAUCUGGGAGAAGGGGAUGGAAUCUGGGAGAAGGGGAUGGAAUAUGGCAGAAGGGGAUGGAAUCUAGGAGAAGGGGAUGGAAUCUGGGAGAAGGGGAUGGAAUCAGGGAGAAGGGGAUGGAAUCUGGGAGAAGGGGGUGGAAUCUGGGAGAAGGGGGUGGGACCUGGGAGAAGGGGAUGGAAUCUGGGAGAAGGGGAUGGAAUCGAGGAGAAGGGGAUGGAAUCUGGGAGAAGGGGAUAGAAUCUGGGAGAAGGGGAUGGAAUCGGGGAGAAGGGGAUGGAAUCUGGGAGAAUGGGAUGGAAUCUGGAAGAAGGGGAUGGAAUAUGGGAGAAGGGGAUGGAUUCUGGGAGAAGGGGAUGGAAUCUGGGAGAAGGGUAUAG